AAGCCUGUUUGUCCUGGUGCCACUCCAGUUGCUGUUCACCGGAUGAGCCCCGUCAGUGUGGAGGGGAAAGCUCAGCGCAGCCAGCAGGAAAGAUGAAGAAAAGCCAACAGAACCUGACACGCUGGAUGCUGCGCUGCCUGCUGGUACUGGUUCCAGGUGUGAUUCUGCUCAUGUUCCUGCUGCAGAAAAGCAUUAACCCGUUGGCAGUGGUUCCAGAUGACUGGCGCCAGGCUCUAGGCCAGGGCUUCUACGGGUCCAAGGAGAUGAAGCCUCUUGCCGAACACUCAGCUGGACCGUGCGCCCCGCAUCGGGUCUGCGAAGACGAUCACUUCAGCUUCUCCAUCCAGAGCGGCGCCGCCAACGUGGUGGGUCCAAGGAUCUGCAUCAACAACCAGCUGGUUCUAGGAACAGCACUGAACAACGCUGGAGUUGGAAUAAACAUCGUUAUAGUGGAUGGAAAAAGCGGAGGAGUCAUCAAAUCCAGCUUCUUCAACAUGUACGAUGGUGACGUGGAACCUCUGAUCAUGUUCCUGAAGGAGGUUGAGCUUGGUUCAGUCGUCCUAAUGGCCUCAUUUGACGAACCGUCAUCAAAAUUAAAUGAUGAAGCAAGGAAGCUGAUCAGCGACCUGGGAAGCACGUCCGUGCGGUCACUGGGAUUCAGGGACAGCUGGGUGUUUGUUGGUGGGAAAGGAGCAACAGUCAAGAACAACUUUGAGAAGUACAUGAAGAAUGACAAGGGAACCAAUAAGUAUGACAACUGGCCUGAGGUCCUUCAGCUGCACGGAUGCAUCCCAGUUCUGCUGCAGGAACCUGCUGCUGCAGCUGGAAACUAAGGAGCCAAACUUCAGAAGGAGUCACAGCCUGGUGUGAAGGUGGAGGUUUUUCUUCUUACUGAGCUCCAGCAUGUUAAAAGGAAGAAAGAACAUCUGGGUUUGGAUCAUUACAGAAGUGCUUAAAUGUCCUCACAGAUGAAGACGAUCUACAGGUAAAAUGUUAAAUGGGAUUCUUACAGUAGAGCACAGAUGAAGACGCUUGAGGGUUGAGGAGUUUUCCUUUUUUUGUGUAUCAUGUAAUAUGAAAAUCUAGAUUUGAUUCCUGUAUGUUUUGUAAAUAAGAGUUGGGUUCUGUCAAAUGAGAAAUGGAGCCAGAAAUUAAAAAGUGGAGUUUGGACAGAAAA